UCACAAACCGUAUCCUCUCAUUCUCCAGUUAAGAUUCAACAAUGUUGCCAAACAGAGCGUUUCUCCUCUUCCUUUUCGUGUUUCUGACAAAAUCUGCCAAUUGUGCGGUCACCAAUAAAGGCCUUUAUCCAAAUCUGAGCACUUUCAACCAUUCAAGAGCCGGAAUAUGCGCUCUGGAAGUGCCGACCAUUGACCUGAUCAGUCCAGAGGAUCGAGCGUCUGGAAUCAGACCACAAGGGAAUGGGACCAGGCCCGGCUUCAGCAAAAUCGAGAUUUGUUGUUCAGGAUGGGCCCGCAAGCCGCACAGCCAUUUUGAAUGCGAACCAGUUUGUGAAAAUGGCUGCCCUAAUGGCAACUGCACCGCCCCCAAUGUAUGUUCUUGCAAAAGGGGCUACAUCAAGGACACGCUCCAAAACUGCAUCCCAACUUGUCCCAUUGGGUGCCUCCAUGGUGUUUGUACCAACAGUGGGCUCUGCUCCUGCAAUGCCGGCUUCCAGUUGAGCCCAGAUGGUAAAUUUUGCACACCGGUGUGCACAGGGGGCUGUGGAAUGGGGGGCGAGUGCAUUGGGGCGGAGGCAUGCCGGUGCAAACCAGGUUUCACCCUAAAUCCGCAAACCAACAAAUGCGAGUACUUCUGUGAAGGGGGCUGCGGGGGCGGCACCUGCAUUGGCCCCAACCAGUGCUCGUGCAAGCCGGGCUUCAAGCAGGUGGGGGCAGCAUGCGUGGCGCAAUGCCCCCAAGGCUGCAAGAACGGCCUUUGUACCGCCCCCAACGUGUGUUCGUGCGAACCGGGCUGGUCUUUGGACAAGACGGGUUCAGUCUGUGUGCCCCAUUGUCGGGAACCGUGUCUCAACGCCGAGUGCUCCGCCCCCGACACCUGCACGUGCAAAAAGGGGUACACUGUGGACCCCUCCAACCCCAAGGGGAACCGAUGUGUGGCCUUUUGUCCCGGGGGAUGCGAAAAUGGGACUUGUUCAGCCCCCAAUUUCUGUAUUUGUAAUCCUGGGUUUGUGAAGGAGGCCAAAGGGAGCAACAGGUGUGUGAGGAGGCUGAGGAGGGCCGCCAUGAUGCAUUUUGAGUUGAUUCCUCAACAAGAUGAUAAGUUUUGAGAUUGUAUUAUUUAGCAAAAUAAAGGAUUGAAUUUGAAA